AUGAAGAAAACAUCAACCAAGAGUAAUAGUUCGGAUGUACACACCACCCAUAAGUCCUCUUCUACAUGGGGGCAAGUAGUUGAUCACAAGUCUUCUUCAUGUCAUCAUCCAUCUAAUCCAGGAGUCUUCAAGAAUAAAUUUGCAACCUCAAUUAAGUCUAAGUCAGAUACACAAGUGCAUAUAUCAUUUCCUGCACCUAAGUUUACUAAUUCUAGACAUCUUCAACGUCCAUCUACAGCAGGUUCUUCAUUUCCAUUUCCCCAUCCACCUCCAACUACACCUCAAAGAAGUGGUGAACAUGCUCCCCCUCCACCUCCACCUUCACCUGCACCCCAACCAAGUACUGAACAAGAUCCCCUUCCAUCUGCACCUACACCUCAACCAAGUAAUGAAAAUGAUCCCCCUCCACCUGCACCUGCACCUCAACCAAUUAAUGAACAUGAUCCCCUUCUAUCUACACCUGCACCUCAGCCAAGAACCUUGAAAGUGAGGAUAUCUUCAACUAGUACAUCAUAUGUAUAUUCUGAAAGUGAAGAGGAAGAAAGUGAGGAGUCUGAGUUGCAAGAAGAUCAACAGAGGCUUGUAGCACGAAAAAGAGCAUGGUUUGUUGAUGUUAUUGAUGAUCAUGGAAAGAUAAAUACAAAACAGCUACGAGCCAAUGAUGCAUGGAAUUUACCUACAAAUGAAAGGAUUGUUGUGCAAUGGAAUAAUGAGGGUCAACCAAUUGGAGAUAGUGGAGCAUUAUUGAAUAGGUUUUUAGGUAGUGUUUCAAGAAACUCCAAUGCUUUUCCUAUUAGCUAUUCUAGUUGGAGGAAGAUUCCUAAAGAUUAUAAAGAAGAUAUACUUAAAAACGCUAUUCAGGUUAAGUUUGAUGUCCAUUCUGAUGUUCAUGUAAACUAUGUUCUUAAAUCACUUAACACAAAGUGGAGAGACCAUCGACAAGAAUUAUGGCAACAAAGGAAUGAUGGUACACAUACUAGAGAUGAAUUGAUCACAAUGGCUCCAAAAGGAACACAUAGAGACCAAUGGGCUUCUUUUAUUGACUAUCGUCUAAAUUCAAAAACAAAGGAAAAAGAGUGUGGCCAAAAGGUUAGUAGAGGAGAGGUAUGGAUAGCCACCCACAAGCAUGCUAAUGGAACAUUUGUUAGUGAUGAAGCAAGGGAAAUUGGUGAAAAAAUUCAAUCAUAUGAAUCAAAAUUAUCAACAUCCCAAUCAAAAGAUGUAUCUAACACCAAUUCCUUAGCUUUUGCUUUCGGAAGUCAAGAACAUUGCGGACGUGUUAGGGGUUUAGGUUUGGGACCUUGUCCAUCUAAAGUAUUUGGCUUCAAUGCACAUUCAUAUAGUGGGGCGUCUUCGAGUUGUCCUUCUUAUACACAGUUACAAAAUCAGGUAUCUGAUCAGGGGAGUGUUCUCAAUGGAGAAACAAAUGACUCAAAUCAAGAUUGAUACAGAAGAAUCUUAUUAGACUUUCAUUUUAUUUGACUUUAUAACAAGUAUAACAAAGAUAUUGCAAUAUUUCACUAGUUUGAACGUUUAAACUUUAUUAUUUACUUUGAA